CGGCUCCGGCAGUUGAGUACGUGAAUUUGAGCGCGCCGGUUGUCUGAGCUGCGCGCAAAGUGAACGAGAAAGCGGAGGAUUAACUAGUAAACUAACGGCUCGUAUUAAAACCACGACAACGCAUAGUGACUAUCAAUAAAAUGCCAUUAAACUCAAUGCCAGCCACUUUCAAAUAGUUAACAAAUAAUAAAAACAAAAACGAAAUAAUCAUAGUGCAAUUACAAAAACAAAACAAAAAAAAUACACACGAAGCUAAGCGAAAAAUGUACCCGCAAUCAAAAGUGCCACCGGUUCGACCGCGUUCCAGUUUAUCAACAGACGAUCAUCAUUAUCGCAUACGUGACUGUGAUGCACGACAUGUACGCAAAAAACCGAAUAACGCGUUCAUAACACUUGUCGGUUUCUGUUUGGUACUUUUCGUGCUGUGCGUAUUCCUACUGGGUGCGCUCAUUUACGUCGGUAGAAAUAUUGUGAACGCGCCCGCUUAUACGUCAACAGCUGUGGCAACACCGACAGCCGGCGAAUAUAUGACAAACGAACAGCUGAUAUUACCAGCAAAUUUAUCAAUUUUGCGAAUUAGAACAACAACGGAUUAUUCCACAUCCUCGGCGACGCAUUCAACGUCCAAUAUGAAUAUGAAAUCAGCAACUUUAGCUAUUGAACCAGCCAUAGCAGCCGCUUCCAAAGUAUUGCAGAAAUUAAGUUUUCGUCUGCCAAAAGAAAUUCGACCACAUCAGUAUAAAUUACUAUUGCAACCCGAUUUGGUGAAUAAAACAUAUCAAGGCAGUAUUACAAUUAAAUUGGAAGUGUUGAAACCAAUUUCUUAUAUACCAGUACAUGCGAAAACAUUGAAUGUAACCACAGAAGAGGUUGUUCAGUUGAGUGAAGCUGGUGCGCCACUUAAUAAACUGACGCCCACUCUGACCUUUGCACACCCAGCUUUGGAAUAUUGGGUGACGGAAUUCACAGAUCCUUUACAAGUUGGCAACUAUUCAUUGCGAUUGGCAUUUAACGGUUCGCUAACUGACCGUAUUGUUGGCUUUUAUGCGUCUUCAUAUUUGGAUACCAAAACAAAUCAGCGCAGAUGGAUAGCCACCACAAAAUUCGAACCGACUUAUGCGCGCACUGCCUUCCCUUGCUUUGAUGAACCGGCGCUGAAGGCCUCCUUUAUCAUCACAGUAGUACGCCCCACCAAUGGUGGUUAUCAUGCGCUGUCCAAUAUGCCUGUUCAAGAUGAAGUAGUGAACGGUGAUAUUACAGAAGUAACAUUCCAACAAAGUGAACCGAUGAGCACCUAUUUAGCCUGUGUGAUUGUAUCUGAUUUUGCUUCUCAAUCUAAGACCGUUAAUGGUACCUUAUCGGAUGCUCAAGAUUUUGAGAUGCGCGUUUUCGCAACAUCCAAUCAAAUUGAGAAGGUUUCUUAUGCUUUAGAAACCGGUGUGGGCAUUACGGAAUAUUACAUUGACUAUUUUAGAGUAACAUAUCCGUUGCCCAAACUGGACAUGGCUGCCAUACCAGAUUUUGUAUCGGGUGCUAUGGAGCAUUGGGGAUUGGUGACAUACCGUGAGACUGCGCUGCUGUAUGAUCCAACAAUCAGUUCGAGUGCAAAUAAGCAGCGUGUCGCUACAGUAGUGGCGCAUGAAUUGGCACAUAUGUGGUUCGGAAAUUUGGUGACCAUGAAAUGGUGGAAUGAUUUGUGGUUAAAUGAAGGUUUCGCCAGCUAUAUUGAGUACAAGGGUGUGAAUAAAGUGCAUCCCGAAUGGGCUAUGCUGGAUCAAUUCAUUGUUGCUGAUCUGCAUGAUGUACUCGAACUGGACGCCACGUUGGCAUCACAUCCCAUUGUGCAGACGGUGGAGAGUCCUGCGCAAAUCACAGAGCUUUUCGAUAGUAUUACAUAUUCGAAAGGCGCCUCCGUUAUACGUAUGCUGGAAGAUUUGGUGGGUGAGGAGAAAUUCCGCAAUGCUACCACGAACUACCUUACUAAAUUCUACUAUGCCAAUGCUGAGACAGACGAUUUCUUAACCGAAAUUGAAGCAUUUGAAUACGAUUUCGAUGUGAAAUUAAUUAUGCAAACAUGGACCGAACAAAUGGGUUUGCCGGUUGUUGAGGUUAAGAAAGAUGGCAAUACGUAUACGCUUACACAAAAGCGCUUCCUGGCAAAUCCAGAAGACUACAGUGCCGAUUUUGAAGUAUCCAAGUUCAACUACCACUGGUCCAUACCAAUUACAUAUUACACCAGCGAAAACGCUGAGGUUGCACGCACAAUUUUCAAUUACAACGAUAAUGAAGUUAAAAUAACGCUAAGUAACGCUGUCGAUUGGAUUAAGAUCAAUAAAAAUCAAGUCGGUUAUUAUCGUGUAAAUUAUGCACCCGAACAAUGGCAAGAACUGACAAAUGCGCUGAUUAGUGCACGUGGCCGGUUUAGCAAUGCCGAUCGUGCGCAUCUCAUCAAUGAUGUCUUCUCCUUAGCCGAUGCCGCACAAUUGGAAUAUGGUAUUGCACUGAACUUGUCACUCUACUUGGAAAAUGAACUGGAUUAUGUACCAUGGAGUGUUGCCAGUGCGCGCCUUUCAGAUAUCAGAAGUCUACUCUACUAUACAGAUUCAUAUCGUGACUUUGUCGUCUUCGGACGGAAAUUACUUGCGCAGGCUUAUGAAAAUGUUGCGUGGAAUGUUAGCGGCGAUCAUUUGGACAAUUUGGUACGUGUUAAAAUACUAAGUUUAGCUGGUCGUUUCGAAUACAAACCAAUGUUAACUGAAGCCGCCACACGCUUUACGGAGUGGUUAAGCAAUCCCAGCGUAAGACCCGAUCCUGAUAUACGCACGAUUGUAUAUUAUUAUGGCAUGCAAAGUGUGGGCAAUGAAGAUUAUUGGAAUCAAGUGUGGGAAUUGUUUAUCAGCGAGUCGGAUGCGCAAGAGAAAGUCAAAUUAAUGGAAGCUUUAGCGGCGGUGAAUUCACCAUGGAUUUUGCAACGUUACAUCAAUUUGGCCUGGAAUGAGAGCUAUGUACGCGGCCAAGAUUACUUCACUUGCCUUACCUACAUUUCUAACAAUCGCAUUGGUCAAAGUUUAGUGUGGGAUUAUGUACGCGAGAAUUGGCCACGUUUAGUUGAACGUUUUGGCAUCAACGAACGUUAUCUCGGCCGUUUAAUACCAUCAAUUACGGCAAGGUUUGUUACACAAACAAAAUUGGAAGAAAUGGAAGCAUUCUUUGCGAAAUAUCCUGAAGCGGGUGCUGGCACAGCUGCACGCAAGCAAGCAUUAGAAACAGUCAAAUUCAAUAUUAAAUGGCUGCAGCAGAAUAAGGCGCAAAUAACUCAAUGGUUGGCCGAGCAAAAAGCGGCAGAUGCAAGGGCGAGCAUUGAAUACUCUACAACAACAACAGAAGCUACUCGCAUCUAAAGCGUCGCUACAGCAUUUGUUAUUGUUCCACCCAAAGUCAUCAUAGCGUGAAUUUAUGAAAGCUUUUGUUUAUUUUUAUAUAAAUAUAAAUAGUAUUUUAACAGAUGUAUGAAUUUAUGUAAAUACUUUGAUGAAAGUGUAUAUAUUGUUAACUUUUAUUGAAGUCGAAAAUUGGAAAUGAAGACAAUAAAAUGGAAUUGUUUGUACAAUUACAAGAAUUUGUUGCGAAA